GAAGGCUCCAGGGCUGUGUUCUCGUGUCUCGACUAGCCCAAAAGUCUCGUAAGCCCCUCCGAAAUGCCGAAGCCACAAGUACAAGAGGGCGAGGACCCCGAUCCGACCCCAUACCUGUUCGUCUCUCUCGAACAAAAGCGUAUCGACCAGAGCAAGCCCUACGAUGGCAAGAAGGCUUGCUGGGUUCCAGACGAAAAAGAGGGCUUCGUGCAGGGUGAAAUUAAGGCCACCAAGGGCGACCUGGUGACCGUUAACCUUCCCGGAGGCGAGACCAAAGACUUCAAGAAGGACCUAGUAGCACAAGUCAACCCGCCUAAGUACGAAAAAUGUGAGGAUAUGUCCAACUUGACAUACCUCAACGACGCUUCGGUUUUGUAUAACUUGAAGCAGAGAUAUUACCAUAAGCUUAUUUACACAUACUCGGGUCUCUUCUGUGUCGCCAUCAACCCUUACAAGAGAUUCCCCGUGUACACGUUCCGAUGUGCCAAGCUUUACCGAGGCAAGCGUCGUUCGGAAGUGCCACCCCACAUUUUCGCCAUUUCCGACGGCGCCUACGUCAACAUGUUGACCAACCACGAGAAUCAAUCUAUGUUGAUUACCGGUGAGUCUGGUGCCGGAAAGACUGAGAACACGAAGAAGGUAAUUGCUUACUUCGCCACCGUUGGUGCAGCGCAAAAGAAGGACCCUACCCAGGACAAGAAGGGAUCCCUGGAAGACCAGGUCGUCCAAACUAACCCUGUGCUUGAAGCCUUCGGUAACGCCAAGACUGUGCGUAACGACAACUCCUCCCGUUUCGGUAAAUUCAUCCGUAUUCACUUCGGCCCCUCUGGAAAACUGGCUGGAGCUGACAUUGAGACCUACCUGCUCGAGAAGGCUCGUGUAAUUUCCCAGCAAGCCCUUGAGCGUUCUUACCACAUCUUCUACCAGAUGAUGUCUGGUUCCGUAAGCGGUCUUAAAGAGAUGUGUAUGUUGUCCAACGACAUAUACGAUUACUAUAACGUCUCCCAGGGUAAGAUUACUAUCCCCAACGUCGAUGACGGUGAAGAAUGUCUUCUGACGGACCAAGCCUUCGACAUUCUUGGUUUCACCCAAGAAGAGAAGGACAAUGUUUACAAGAUCACCGCCGCUGUAAUGCACAUGGGUUGUAUGAAGUUCAAGCAGAGGGGUCGUGAAGAACAGGCUGAAGCUGAUGGCACUGAGGAUGGUGAAAAGGUUGCCAAGCUCCUCGGCGUUGACUGCCAGGACUUGUACAAGAACUUGCUGAAGCCCCGCAUCAAGGUCGGAAACGAGUUCGUGACCCAGGGUCGUAACAAGGACCAAGUCACCAACUCCGUCGGUGCUCUUUGUAAGGGCAUGUUCGAUCGUCUCUUCAAGUGGCUCGUCAAGAAGUGUAACGAAACCCUAGACACCAAACAGAAGAGACAGCACUUCAUCGGUGUACUGGAUAUUGCUGGUUUCGAAAUCUUCGACUACAACGGUUUCGAGCAACUCUGCAUUAACUUCACAAACGAGAAGCUCCAGCAAUUCUUUAACCAUCACAUGUUCGUACUCGAACAAGAGGAAUACAAGAGAGAGGGCAUCAACUGGACUUUCAUCGAUUUCGGAAUGGACUUGUUAGCUUGUAUCGAUUUGAUCGAGAAGCCUAUGGGUAUCCUCUCAAUUCUUGAGGAAGAGUCUAUGUUCCCGAAAGCUACCGACCAGACAUUCGUUGAGAAGUUGAACAACAACCACUUGGGUAAAUCUGCUCCUUACCUGAAGCCUAAGCCCCCCAAGCCUGGUUGCCAAGCCGCUCACUUCGCUAUUGGUCACUACGCCGGUAAUGUCGGUUACAACAUCACCGGAUGGCUGGAAAAGAACAAGGACCCUCUUAACGACACUGUCGUUGACCAGUUCAAGAAGGGUGCCAACAAACUGUUGGUGGAAAUUUUCGCUGACCAUCCUGGCCAGUCUGGUGAUGCUGGUGCUGGUGGUGGCGGCGGCAAGGGCGCUGGAGGCAAGCGUGCUAAGGGUUCUGCUUUCCAGACCGUGUCAUCACUUUACAGGGAACAACUUAACAAUUUGAUGACAACGCUGAGAUCCACUCAACCUCACUUCGUGCGUUGUAUCAUUCCCAACGAAUUGAAACAGGCUGGUCUCAUCGACUCUCACCUUGUGAUGCACCAGCUCACCUGUAACGGUGUGCUUGAAGGCAUCCGUAUUUGCCGUAAAGGUUUCCCCAACAGGAUGGUCUACCCUGACUUCAAGCUCCGUUACAUGAUUCUUGCACCCGCCGCUAUGUCUGCUGAAAAAGAUCCGAAAGAAGCAGCUAGGAAGUGUCUUGAAGCAGUUCAGCUAGACCCUGAAAGUUAUCGUAUAGGUCACACUAAGGUAUUCUUCCGCGCUGGUGUUCUGGGUCAGAUGGAAGAGUUGCGUGACGACAGACUGUCUAAGAUCGUAUCUUGGCUCCAGGCCUACAUCCGUGGUUACCUUUCCCGUAAGGACUUCAAGAAGUUGCAGGAACAGAGAUUGGCUCUCCAAGUUGUCCAACGCAACUUGCGCAAGUACUUGCAGCUCCGCACCUGGCCAUGGUGGAAACUGUGGCAGAGGGUCAAGCCCCUCCUCAACGUCACCCGCGUCGAGGAUGAGAUCGCGAAACUGGAGGAGAAGGCUCAAAAGGCCCAGGAGGCUUUUGAGAAGGAAGAGAAACUCCGCAAGGAGGUCGAGGCCCUCAACUCUAAACUGCUUGAGGAGAAGCAGGCCCUACUUGCUUCUCUCGAGGGAGAGAAGGGUUCUCUCUCUGAAACCCAGGAGCGUGCCAACAAACUCCAAGCACAGAAGGCUGAUCUCGAGGGUCAACUUAGGGACACACAAGACCGUCUCACCCAGGAGGAGGAUGCCCGCAACCAGCUAUUCCAAGCCAAGAAGAAGUUGGAACAGGAAAUCUCUGGCCUGAAGAAAGAUGUGGAAGACCUCGAACUUAACAUCCAGAAGUCUGAACAAGACAAGGCUACCAAAGACCACCAAAUCCGCAACUUAAACGAUGAAAUCGCCCACCAGGACGAGCUCAUUAACAAACUCAACAAGGAAAAGAAACUUCAAGGAGAAUCUAACCAGAAGACCUCUGAGGAGCUGCAAGCCGCUGAAGACAAGGUUAACCACCUCAACAAGGUCAAGCAGAAGCUCGAGCAGACCCUUGAUGAGCUCGAAGACUCAUUGGAGCGUGAAAAGAAACUGCGUGGUGAUGUUGAGAAGCAGAGGAGGAAGGUUGAAGGCGACCUUAAACUUACCCAGGAAGCCGUCUCUGACCUCGAACGCAACAAAAAGGAACUCGAACAAACUAUUCAGCGCAAGGACAAGGAAAUCUCAUCUCUCACUGCCAAGCUCGAAGACGAACAAUCUUUGGUUAGCAAGGUCCAGAAACAGAUCAAGGAACUGCAAGCCCGCAUCGAGGAACUGGAAGAGGAAGUCGAAUCCGAACGCCAGGCCCGUGCUAAGGCUGAGAAGCAGCGCGCUGAUCUCGCUCGUGAACUCGAAGAGUUGGGUGAACGUCUCGAGGAAGCCGGUGGUGCCACCUCUGCCCAAAUUGAGCUCAACAAGAAGCGUGAGGCUGAGCUCAGCAAGCUCCGUCGUGACUUGGAGGAAGCUAACAUUCAGCACGAGUCCACCCUCGCCAACCUCCGCAAGAAGCACAACGAUGCCGUUGCGGAAAUGGGUGAGCAGCUCGACCAGCUCAACAAGCUUAAGGCUAAGGCUGAACAUGAUCGUGCAUCUUGCUACAACGAGCUUAACAACACACGUGCAGCCAUUGACCAAGUUGCAAGGGAAAAGGCUGCUCAAGAAAAGAUCGUCAAGCAACUUCAACACCAGCUCAACGAGGUUCAAGGCAAGGCUGAUGAAUCCAACCGCACCCUUAAUGACCUGGAUGCCGCUAAGAAGAAGUUGUCGAUUGAGAACUCCGACCUGCUCCGCCAGUUGGAGGAGGCUGAGUCCCAGGUGUCGCAGCUCUCCAAGAUUAAGGUGUCGCUCACCACACAGUUGGAGGACACCAAGAGGCUCGCUGACGAAGAGGCCAGGGAACGCGCUACUUUGCUUGGCAAGUUCCGCAACCUCGAACACGAUUUGGACAACAUCCGCGAGCAAGUGGAAGAGGAAGCCGAAGGCAAGGCUGACUUACAGCGUCAACUGUCCAAGGCUAACGCUGAAGCUCAACUCUGGCGCUCCAAGUACGAGUCCGAAGGUGUUGCCCGCUCCGAGGAACUCGAAGAAGCCAAGCGCAAACUUCAAGCCCGUCUCGCCGAAGCCGAAGAAACUAUCGAGUCUCUCAACCAGAAGGUUGUUGCUCUCGAGAAGACCAAGCAGCGCCUUUCCACCGAAGUCGAGGACUUGCAACUCGAGGUUGACCGUGCUACUGCCAUCGCUAACGCUGCUGAGAAAAAACAGAAGGCGUUCGAUAAGAUCAUUGGUGAAUGGAAACUCAAGGUCGAUGACCUUGCUGCUGAACUUGACGCCAGCCAAAAGGAAUGCCGUAACUACUCUACCGAAUUAUUCCGCCUUAAGGGUGCCUACGAGGAAGGUCAGGAACAACUCGAGGCCGUACGUCGUGAAAACAAGAACCUCGCUGAUGAAGUCAAGGAUCUCCUUGACCAGAUUGGCGAAGGUGGCCGCAACAUCCAUGAAAUCGAGAAGGCCAGGAAGCGUCUUGAAGCCGAAAAGGACGAACUCCAAGCUGCUCUCGAGGAAGCCGAAGCAGCUCUUGAGCAGGAAGAGAACAAGGUUCUGCGUGCUCAACUCGAGCUGUCUCAAGUCAGACAGGAGAUCGACAGGAGGAUCCAGGAGAAGGAAGAAGAAUUCGAAAACACCCGCAAGAACCACCAACGUGCCUUGGACUCUAUGCAAGCUUCCCUUGAAGCAGAGGCUAAGGGCAAGGCUGAGGCCCUGCGCAUGAAGAAGAAGUUGGAGGCUGACAUCAACGAGCUCGAGAUCGCCCUCGACCACGCCAACAAAGCUAACGCUGAAGCCCAGAAGAACAUUAAACGUUACCAGGCUCAGAUCAAGGACCUCCAAACUGCCUUGGAAGAAGAACAGCGUGCUCGUGAUGAUGCCCGUGAACAGCUUGGAAUCUCAGAGCGUCGUGCAAAUGCCCUCCAAAAUGAGCUCGAAGAAUCGCGUACGCUUCUUGAACAAGCUGACCGUGCCCGCCGCCAAGCUGAACAAGAACUUGGUGAUGCCCACGAACAGCUCAACGAACUUUCUGCUCAAAGCGCUUCCCUCUCUGCUGCUAAGAGGAAACUCGAGUCCGAGCUCCAGACCCUGCACUCUGACCUUGAUGAACUCCUUAACGAGGCUAAGAACUCCGAAGAGAAGGCAAAGAAGGCCAUGGUUGAUGCUGCCAGGCUUGCCGACGAACUCCGUGCUGAGCAAGAACACGCCCAGACACAGGAGAAACUUCGCAAGGCACUUGAACAGCAGAUCAAGGAAUUGCAAGUCAGGCUUGACGAAGCUGAAGCUAACGCGCUCAAGGGAGGCAAGAAGGCCAUCCAGAAACUUGAACAAAGAGUCAGGGAGCUUGAAAACGAGCUCGACGGUGAACAGAGGAGGCACGCUGAUGCACAGAAGAACCUGCGCAAGGCUGAGAGACGCAUCAAGGAAUUAACCUUCCAGGCUGAAGAAGACCGCAAGAACCACGAACGUAUGCAGGACCUGGUUGACAAACUGCAGCAGAAGAUCAAGACCUACAAGAGGCAGAUCGAAGAAGCCGAAGAGAUCGCCGCCCUUAACUUGGCUAAGUUCCGUAAGGCACAGCAGGAAUUGGAGGAAGCUGAAGAAAGGGCAGACCUUGCCGAGCAAGCUAUCAGCAAAUUCCGUGGCAAGGGACGCGCGGGAUCAGCUGCGAGAGGAGUCAGUCCGGCGGCGUCCGUUAAAGGGCGUCCAUAGAUCACCACUGGAUCACAUCCCCAACGUACGCGCCCCGCCUUUGACGGUUUCGGCACCUUCCCACCAAGGUUCGACCUGGCGCCCGAAAACGAUUUCUAAACGUUCCACUACAGAAAUUAACAAACGGACUGUACAGAUGUUUCGUUAUACCAACAUUUUUAUACAAUAGCAAAUAUAAGACAGCGUGAACCAAAAAGAGCUGUACCAAAAAUGUUACGCCCAAAAAUUAAACUCUAGUAAUAUUAAUGUUUUUACGAAAGGUUAUUUUGUAUCUUGUUGAUAUUUAUUUAUAAUUAUUUAUAACCGUGAAGUAUGUAUUGCGCGAGGCGGAGGAUGGGUGGGCGUGCACCCGCACCUAAGAGACAC